UUGGUCCCGAGAUGACGGCGAGCAAGCGGGUGGCGAAGGAGCUGGAGGAUCUUCAGAGGUCACCUCCCCGGUAUCUGCGGAACCUGUUCAGCGACGACGCCAACGUCUUGGUGUGGCACAUGCUUCUCCUGCCUGACCAACCUCCCUACAACCUUAAGGCCUUCAGCCUGUGCAUCAUCUUCCCUCUGGAUUAUCCAUUCAAGCCCCCCAUGUUGAAAUUCACAACCAAGAUCUACCACCCCAAUGUGGAUGAGAAUGGACAGGUGUGCCUGCCCAUCAUCAGCAACCAGAACUGGAAGCCUUGCACCAAGACCUGCCAAGUCUUGGAGGCCCUCAACGGGCUGGUGAAUAAACCGGAGCUGGGGCAGCCCCUGCGGGUGGAACUUGCUGAUCUGCUGACACAAAACCCGGAGCUAUUCAAGAAGAAUGCUGAAGAGUUCACCCGCCAGUUUGGACUGGACCGGCCCUCCUAACUCUGGUUCUGGUUCCCCUCUGGGCUGGGUCCUCUCUGUGCCACACGUGACACUCCUCGUGGACUGGAGGCCAGAGCCCCUCAAUGGUCCAUUCCCUGUUUUUCUUCUCCUAGUUUCU